UUUGAAAUCUUUGAACAAAAACCCAGACUGAAGACUCCUGGGCGGUGAUCCGAAAGUAGAGAUGGAGAGGAGGGAGACACAGCAGGCCCACCUUUCCACUGUGUUAUUGCUGCCGCUGUGGUUGCUGCUGCUGCUAGGAACGUGGAAGGAAACUGAGGCUUGGCCUGCCUCUCUUCAAUAUGAUCUCAUUGUUGUGUCCCAGCCAGAACCAAGGGAACCUCUCUACAUGGCCCUUGGCUAUAUAAAUGAUCAACUCUUCCUUCACUAUGAGGGGGAGAGUAGAAGGGCAGAGCUGCAAAAACCAUGGAAUGAUACAGAGGAGGGGAGAAAAAUCUGGGAAAGGGUAACCCAAGACCUUGAAGAGAGGGGGAAAGAGCUGAGAAUGACCCUUCAAGACAUUCUGGGACACAACAACCAGAGUAACAGCAGUGAUGGCUCUCACACCCUUCAGGCCACAUUGGGGUGUGAGCUCCAGGACAAUAGCACCAAAGGGUUCUGGAAGUUCCAAUUUGAUGGGCAAGACUUCCUCACCUUCUACCCGGAGAGACUCAGCUGGACUGCAGCCCAUCUGGCAGCUCAGAGAAUUAAGGAGAGAUGGCAGGACUGGUUCCAAAGGAAACUCCUUAAGAUCCAUGAGGAGGAAUACUGUUCUGUUCAGCUCCAGAAAUACUUGGCAUCCUGGAAGGGGAUCUUGGAGAGGAAAGAGCUACCAACUGAUGAGCCAUCUGGACCCAACACCUUGUCCCGCGGACCCCUGAAGGUUGAGUUACUAAUUAUUAGCAUAGGCCUCAUCCUUGCUCUCCUCAUUGUUGUUGGAGCUCAGCUGUGGAGGUGGAUGCAAGCAAAGCCAGAGAUUAGGCCUGCCAGAAGAAGUGAAUGGAAAUCUGCCCACCCUCUUUUCCCAGGUUUUGGUCGCUUCAGAGAAACUCAGAGUAUGGUGUAGGCAAGAUCUGGAGUCAGGAGGUGAGGGCUUGUAUCCAAGCUUCAACACUUACUAGCAGUGGAUCUGUAGGAAAUUCACUUUAUCCCUUGGAGCUUCAGUGUCCUCGUGUGAAUAACCUGAGGAGGAGUGCCUUUGCUACAAGGUUUUCUUGAUCAAAGAAUUACUUAAAACACUAUCAAAAUAUAGAGGCAGUUGAUGGUGCUAGUGAGCAAGGCAGGCCAGUGUCUUCUUCUACUAGCAGUACGGGCGAUUGAGACAAAUUUGUUCCAACAGCCAUGAAAGUGGCUAAAGUAGAUACUGUGGAGCACUUAGAGCUUGAUCAGACAUCGAAGACUCCAAGGUCAUCCACCGCAUCCUGGGUCAUCGAUAGUCAUCUUGACUUUUGUUAGGCCACUUGACUUUGAUGACUGGAAGAGACAGU